AUGGACGUGCUGAAGGACACCGUCGAGUCCAUCAUCCUUAACCCGGAUCUCGCUCCUCUCCUAGCCAUCGUCAAAGCGGCCCGCAAUGGCGCCGUCUACGGUGCAAAAGUCCGAUUCCCUCAUGCCUUGGUCAUGGUUUUCCUGUUCCGAUCAGGGACGAUUCGAGAGAAGGUCCGCCUUGUUCUGAGAGCGACCAGACAACACGCGCGAAACCUCGCAUUCUUCGCAACCGUAUACAAAUCCGCGAUGUUAAUAUUGAGGCUACUGAACCCCGCAACACCCGGAAAAGAAGGGCCGUACGACACCUUUUUUGCCGGUCUGUUGGGUGGGUAUGUCGUCUUUGGACGAGGCAAGCAGGGCAGCGUCAACCAACAAAUCGUCAUCUACGUCUUUGCACGAGUAAUACUCGCCCUUGCGAGGCUCAGCAUUGAACCACCAAGUGCCACGAGCACCACACCCACGCCGACAUUAUGGACCCAGCGGUUAUCGCCCGAGGUCAAAGCAAAGAUUCAGAACAACGCCUGGCCCGUGUUUGCCAGCUUGAGUUGGGCUUUUGUGAUGUACAUUUUCCGAUGGCAGCCCGAGAGCAUCCAACCAAGCUUGAGGAGUAGCAUGAAGUAUAUAUAUGUCAAUUCGGACUAUUGGGAUAGUUUCCGAAACUUCCUAAUUCACAACAGUUAG